CACUAAUCACUAUUCACAAUCUUUUUUAUUUAUUUAUCUUCCAUCUUCCAUCUUCCUUAUCUCUCUAUAUCCGAGUAGCAAUCCUGACAUGCACAAACCCCCCUCCAUCUCCAUCCGGCCCCUCAUCCAAACCAUUCAUCAAACGCCCAUCCACCCCAUCAACAUCAACAUCAACAUCAACACCAUCACAACCCCCAAACCAAGACUUUCCCACGCCACCCCAACCACCCCAACCAGAAACAUGUCCACCCAAACCUGGAACGCAACCCAAUACCUCAAAUUCGCCUCCGAACGCACCCUCCCCGCACGCGACCUACUCACCCGCGUCCUCUCCCUCCAAGAACAACAACAACAACACCACCACCACCACCACUCCCCCCUCCGCAUAACCGACCUCGGCUGCGGACCGGGCAACUCGACCGCCGUCCUCGCCGCCCAGUUCCCCCAAGCCCAAAUCACCGGACUCGAUUCCUCAGCUGCCAUGAUCCAACAGGCGCAGACCACCGGCACCCCACGGAUAACCUUCUCCCAAGCAGACAUAUCCACGUACACGCCGCCGCGCUCGUCACCGACGGAUCUCUUCUUCUCGAACGCCGUGCUGCACUGGCUGCCCCGCGCGGCGCGCAUCGAGACCAUCAGACGGCUGAUGGCCACGCAGCCGUCCGGGGGCAUGUUCGCGUUCCAGGUGCCGGAUAAUCUGGAGGAGAUGUCGCAUGUCAAGAUGCGGGAGGUGGCUGCGUUGGAGGGGCGGACGCCGAGGGAGAUUCAUGAGCGGCUGGUUGGGACGGGGGGUGAAGACGGGGUGGUGGAGAGGGUGGAGAUCUGGAGGACGGAGUAUUGGCAUUCGCUGCGGGAUCAUGCGGCGAUUGUGGAGUGGGUCAAGGGGUCGGGGCUGAGGCCGUUCUUGGAUGCGCUGGGGGAGGGGGAGGAUGGGGACAGGAUGAGGGAGGCGUUUUUGGAGGAGUAUGAGCGCAGGCUGAAAGAGGUGUAUCCGGUUCAGCGCGAUGGGAGGGUGUUGUUGGGGUAUCCGAGGUUGUUUGUUGUUGCUGUUAGGAGGUGACUUGCUACUUGUUGGUGUGGGCGGAAUUUCUGGAGUUGGGUGGUGAAGGGUUGGGUUUGGAUCAAGAUGGAUGUUUCUACUGUCUGAAUGGUUGAUUAUGGAUGCAUGUAGGGUGUUGGCCGAUUCAACAAAUCAUCUUGAAAGCGGGCGGACAAUGAAUAUGGAAGAAAUCCCACAGGCAACGCUCGAUUUGAAUUACAGAGAUGCCUUUCCUGAAUUAACACCGUUGCUAAUAACAAUCCUGCGCGCACGCCAGCCCAGGGCUACUAAUUU